UGCUAUCGGGAAUAAACUAUUGAUUUAGCCCUAAUUGCGCAUAAAACGACGGUGAAAGUUGGUGAAAGUGACUUAGCAAGCGGAACACCUGUAGACAAAUCUGCCUACCUAACAUUCCUCCCUCUGAGACACAGGCAAUUUAGCAUUACAAAAUUUGCACGAUUAAAUAACAGACAUUUUUGGCUUAUAAAUUUCCGAAAAUUUUCAGCACAUUCCCGAAAGUGAAAGAUUUUAGAGGGUGAAAGCAACAAAUGAUUUGUUGCUCAAGUGAUGGGCAACGUGCGACAUUCAGCGCCGGCAACUUGCGAAAAGUUGUAUUCGCCAAAUUAGAUUUUGUGAAUCAUCGAAGGAAAAUCAUGUCGAGAAAGCUUUAAUAAUUUUCAAGUCAAUCUCAAUUAAUUUUUUUUAUAAAGUGGAGUGAUUAAGUAAAUAAUGUUUUAAUUAGUCUACCACAGGAGAUAGCUGUAUGUCCAAUUGCCGAUAGUAUCAUUGUUAUUAUUAGGUUUUUAAGAAACGACGAGUAGCAAAGUGUAAUUUCAAAUUUUUUAAAAUGUUUGAGUGAUGUGGUUUGAAAACGUAUAUAAAAAGGAUUUAUUUUAUCAGAAAUAAGUUAGUUUGAGAAAUUAAGUACACUGUGGUGAGUCGAAUUUGAAUAACGGAACUAAACAAAACUGAAUGUUUUGAAGAGCUGAAGUCUGUAAAGUAGAGGAUUUAAGUUUGUUGGUCAACUGGUAAUACGCCCUGCUUGAAUCAUCCAUCCGUUCUGAUGGAAGUUAAUUCGAUGCCCAAUGACUUUACGAGUUGGUAAUCUGUCAUCUCGUCGGACCAUCAUUUCAUUUUGUCCGUGAUAAUCUAACCAUCGGGUCACAACAAUAACACAAUGGAGGAACUCGUAGUUGAUUAUUUCGUCGUGGCUGGACUUCCGGAUGAGAAUCCAAAAUUGGUGGAUGAAGACUUGUGCGAAGGGCUAAAUCCAAACCAGCAAAAUAUUGAACCAAUUACGGAUAUCACUGUCAUAUUUCCAUCCCUGGGCGAAUAUGUUCCGAAAGGAUUCGAAUGUGUGGAACAAACGCCUUCAGGCUAUCCUGCAAAUUUAAAUAGCGGAAGUCUACGAAGUCCAGAGGUUUAUUUAUGCUAUCGAAGGGGUAGAGAUAAACCACCACUCGUUGACAUUGGGGUGAUGUACGAUGGAAAAGAAAGACUCCUCCAUGACGCGGAAGUCGUUUUAUCCACUCCGUACGGAAAGAAGGCAAACGUUAAUAAUACCAGUGCUCAAACUCUCCUCACUUUUCGACGUGCUCCAGAAAACAUGCCCUGUAAUGAGUUGGUCGUCACUGAUAUCUGUGUUAUUUUUCAAAAUAAGGGUGAAAAACCUCCCCAUGCGUUUUGUCUAAUUCAAAAAAAUUUGAAUAAGGGAAUGAUGGGGUGUGAUGUAUAUCUUUGCUACAAAAAAUCGAUGAAUCGACCCCCUCUCUUAUCUUUUAAACCCGAGGUGCUCUUGAGAUAUCCGCCAAUAGAUCGGAGAACAUUUCCGUUUCCCAACUUGACAGCUACGUUUUGUUUACCAAUGUGUGCUACGAUUGAGUGCUGGCCAAAGCUUUCGCAACAACCUCGUCCCGUCUUUUCUACGUUCGUCUUAACCGUGGCGGAUGCGACAGAAAAAAUUUAUGGAAGUGCUAUUACGUUUUAUGAAGAGUAUCCGUUUGGAGACGCGUUGACGAAUGAGCAGAAAGAAACACUGGGCUUUGUGCAUGCUUCAGACAAGCUCGAGAAGGCUCUUCACGUUAACAAAUGUAUUUGUUUGUUAUCCCACCACCCGUUCUUUGAUGCAUUUAAAACUUUUUUGUACUACCUCAAUUGGAUGAUGCGAAAUGGUGCUCACGAUGUACCAAUUGAACGAUACAUAUCUCAUCUUCUACAGGAGGUCCCAUUCCCUUCCCCACAACGACCAAAUAUUCUUAUGCAAUUGUCCCACACGCAAAAUAUACUUUUGUCUCAUCCUCACGAUUCGCCACUCCCCAAAAGUGGAGCGUCGUUUAAAUCAAUGUUGAACAAUUUGGGGACUGAGAAUUGUCUGAUGGUAAUCCUUUUGGUUUUGACGGAACAGAAAUUGUUGAUUCACUCACUCCGGCCUGAUGUAUUAACUGCAGUUGCUGAAGCCAUAUCAGUUUUAAUUUUUCCAUUCCGCUGGCAAUGUCCUUAUAUACCACUGUGUCCCUUGGGUCUCUGCGGUGUAUUGCAAGCCCCAGUUCCAUUUCUUAUUGGUGUAGAUUCUAGAUUUUUUGAUUUAUACGAGCCACCCUCAGAUGUUACGUGUAUUGAUCUGGACACGAAUACUAUAACUGUGAGCGAAGAUAAGAGAUACUUCCUCAAUGUAAAGUUAUUUCCUAAAAAGCCGGCCAGAAUCCUCAAAACUACUCUCGAGACAAUAAAGUCAGUUUUAGAUCGUAUGAUGAUGACUAGAGCAUCAUUAAAAGGACGGAGCGAUACAAGCGAAGCUAUGGACAUUGAUUUUCAACAGAAACGCCGUGAACGAGUUCUUGAGAUGGAAAUCCAAGAAUCGUUUCUACGCUUUAUGACUACAAUAUUAAAAGGAUAUCGACAAUAUUUACUCCCAAUCACAAAAGCACCAAGUAUUGGAGCUACUGAUGCUACCUCGCUAUUUGAUUUCCAGGGAUUUCUCCGAUCACGGGAUAAAAAUUAUCACAAAUUUUACCUCAAUUUUACCAGAACUCAAAUGUUUAUUCGCUUUAUUGAAGAGAGAUCUUUCGUGUCAGAAAAUGACACCAGCUUGGAAUUUUUUGACGAAUGUUUAGACAAGGUCGAGUCAGAUGAUUCUGAAACUGUCAAACUGUUAGAAACAAGCGAAUCAAAUCAAAGCGAAAGGACAGUUUUUGUAAUGCCCCCUGAACCUGUCGGCCUACCUGCAAAUGCAACCUACGUAUACGAUGGCAAACUUAAAGAAGGACUUUUUACCGGCCCAAAAUUAAAAUCGCGCUCUGUGGAUCGCGUCUUGCAGUCGAGUGAACUCUCAACGCCUGGGAGUCCGAUUGCAAGAAGAACCAAACAAGAAAUUAAAUCUGCACAAAAAGUAGCAAAAAAAUACUCUGAAAAACCUCAACUCUGGGCAAAAUAUCUUUUAUCCACAUGUUACACUAUCUGGUUCAUCCAUUUGCCAAGUUUUGCUAGCGUCACGGCAUCUAAGCACAUGGCACUCUGCUUAGCUUAUGAAAUGCUAUCUCGGAUGGCAAAUUAUGGUCUGCAACCCGCAGAUGAGAUCUGCUACAGAGUAGUAAUGCAACUCUGCGGACUGUACAGUCAACCUGUAAUUGCUGUGAAGGCACUCUUAAAAAUGAAACGAUGUGGAAUGACACCAAACGCUAUGACCUAUGGAUAUUACAACAAAGCCGUGUUAGAAGCAGAGUGGCCUUCUAAUGUUUCAAACUCGAGUCAAUUAAUGUGGAAUAAACUGAGAAAUGUUAUUAUUGGCGUCGCUCAGUUCCGAUCCGCUACUAGACAUCGUAAUGUGUGUGAUACUGUGGACGAAGGUGAUCGAACCUCAACUGGAAGUGGGAUAUCAUUAGACUCACAAGUUCAGACUACUCGUUUGGCCUUGAAUACCGCUGGUCGGGUACACUCUUCCCCAACAACGUUAAGCCCUCAAGGAGUUUCCCAUCCAGACAUUUCUGCGAAUGUGAAUUGUAAAAGUCAGAGUGAUUCUGAAGUAGCAAAUGUAUCAUCACCGUCUGCAAUUCCCACAAGAAUUAGUUCAUCUUCUGACAUUGGAUAUGGUUCCAUGCAAAAAGUGUCAACCGAUGAUAUCACCAAUGCGGAGGGCCCAACUGAAACUCAAGCAAAAGCAGCCAAGUUUUGGGGUAGAAUGGGUUCAAGUUUGGAUCAGUGGGUUAAAUCUGGGGUUUCUAGCCUGGCAUCCAUUGCUGCAGAUACGAGUUAUUAUUCUCAGUCCCCUGGUUUAUUCAUGGCCGGGGGCUACGCUGGAGAUUACAGUUCUAAUUUGAAAAGUGAUCCGUAUGACGUAGACGAUGAUGACGAGUUGGAAGAUCAGUUACCGAAAAAUAUUGAAGUUAAAGGGAAGAGCAGGAAAAGACUGGAUUUUGGAGAUGACCGGGAUGAAGAAAGUAGUAAAAGUGAAAGCCAAACAAUGAGAUUGCUACGAUCUGUGAGUUUUGGAAACGACACACAAAUCAUGUCCAAACUCAAAUUACUAAAGGACGAUUUUAUAUCCUCGGAAAAGAAGAACGGCAAUAAAAACUCAUCUCCCGACAAGACUUCUAUUUCAACAAAAUCCAGUGACGAUGCUGGAAGUCAAAGAAGAUCUGCUAGCGUAGAGUCGAGUAAUUCUCUUAGUCUGGAAUCAAAAAUUAACCAAUAUUAUGAACCUUUGGGCGACUCUAGGGACACGUCUGUAGAAAAAAGCGCGUCUAGUUCUAGAGAAGUUACACCUGAUGACAGCCAUGAAACUUACCAAGAAACUAUUCGGCCUGCAAAUUCAUAUUUAAAUGCUCCAAAAUCUCCGUCUAUCCAAAUUCGUGCAAAUGAAUUAUCCCGAGAAGCGACCCCAUCCAGUCCUGCACGAACUCCAGUUGUCCAGAAUGACCCGUUGGGAGCGUUAAGUGAACCGGCGUCACCAGAGGGUUUGAAAGACGCAAUUUCUGGAAAAAAUGUGAAUGUAACUCAGCAAAAGAAUAGAGAUUCUCCAAAACGAACAAGUAGUGAAGGACAAUUGGGAGGAAUUCGGGAGAAAGUUGUGAUGGGUCCCCCUGAAACAACACCAAAAGGGUUUCAUCGUUCAAGCACUUUGCCGAGUUAUGGAACUGGCAUUGGAGAGAGGGUAGGAAGCAAUGCUUCCAUGAACUCUGCACCAAGUGAUGAAAAAUUAUCUGGAUCUGCUGGUGGUGGACCCUCAGGGUUAACUGUGUUCAGUUCAAACUUGAAAAAUCCCUUCGGCCGUUACAGUCCAGGACGACUAAGUCUAAGAAAAGCAGGAACGUCCCUUAUUGAAUCCACAAUAGGUGGGAAGAAGGCUGAAGCAUUGAUGGAGGGAUUUAACCAAUUCAAGUCCGCUGCUACGGUCAGUGUGAAAACAAAGCUUGAAGAGUUAAAGGAGGCGGUUGGAAACAAUUCAACGCCUGGAAGGAACGGACCUUUUGGACGAUAUGAUGAACCACGUGGAAUAGAUCAAACGGACAAUUUAGAACCGGAAGCUCCAAGCGAUCAAUGGGCAAGUGUUUCAGAAUCUUACCUGGAUCAACUUCUAACCACGACAGAGUCGGGGUCAACUAGAGCAAGUUUUGCCAGUAUGGAUUAUGGUAGUGGGAUAGGUGUUCAUGAAUCUCCUUUAUCAAGCUCCAGAAACUCACUUUUGUUUGUCGAACAUUUCAAAAAUACUGGUGGUGCUGGCGGACCCUCAUCAGCUGCAGCCGCCAGGAGUAGUUUACCUCGACCAAUCUCAUUAGAAAUUAAUAUGACAACUUGUUCUCUAUGCCACAAUUGUUCCUCGUUGCUAUUUGAUGAAGAAAUUAUGGCAGGAUGGACGUCGGAAGACUCCAAUCUUAACACUAGGUGUCCUCAUUGCAAAAAGUGGGAAGUGCCUUUCCUAGAAGUUACUGUAGUCGAUUUUAGACACAACCCAAUGCCUCAACUAGUGAAUCUUACUUCUGCACCUAGUCUGGAAAGUGUGAAUAUAUCGCGACGACCUUCUUUUAUCCAUCCCAAUGCUGCUUAUCCACAGCAGAAACCUAAUGUUGAAGUAGAAAUUAUAAAAUCAGUCCAAAAAUCGGCUGCUGCGGUAGUUGCCAGUAAUGACGAUGCUAAGAAAAUUGGUGAAUCAACAAAUACAGAGUUGGAUGGAUCAUGUGUUUCAAAACAAACGACUGAACAAACGCCCCCUCCGAGUGAAUUGGAUCCGUUAGGAGUCUUGGAAGAGUUGCAUCGAAGUAGUCGAAGAACUAGUCCUGAAUCUGAAAAUACUCCUCCUCCAGUCUCGAGUGCUGAAACUGUCGUAAAAAAUGUGUCUGACAAUAAUACGGAAUCCAAAAAUCCUACAAUAUCCAUUUCAACGACAAGUGGAAUUAAUAAUGGAUCCACUUGCCCAGCUAAUACGACUGCUGAACCUUCUUCCAAUCCCGACUGUACUUUACCAUCCUUCGAAUUGGAAGGAGUUUCGAGUGACCCGAUUGUUGUUCCUUACUUGAGUCCAUUAGUGCUUCGAAAAGAACUGGAAAAUGUGCUGCAUCAUGAAGGAGAUUCUUGUUUAGUUCAACCCGAGUUUGUUGAUGAACAUCCAAUUAUUUUCUGGAAUCUCGUAUGGUUUUUUAAUCGCUCCAAAUUACCAAGUCAUAUUAAGGGAUUGUGUCUUCAAGCAAAGUCCAUAAUGCCAAAUGCAAUGGUGAAGAAAUUAAAGACUGAGGAAACAACUGCAACCGAGGGAAUUUCAGACCACAGAGAGAACAGUACAGCGUCUUCGAGGACAGAGGAAGACGAGUUGGAACCUUUCUCUGUACACCCAACUUGGGAUGGAGUUGAUCAUCGAAGCGUUAUGGUCAACUGUUUAUGGGACAAUCCAAAAUUUCAUGAGAAUUUUUCUGUCCCGUUAUAUUUAGAAUGGCAAAAAAACAAGGAACGAGAAAAGAAAGACAAACAGUUGGAAAAGGCUGAUGAGGAAAAGAAUGAAAGUAGUCCACAACCAGAUAAUAAUCUGAACAAACUCAUAAACAACGUACUUCGAGCAGCACAAGGAAACACGUUAGCACAAACUUGUCCCCAGCUUCUCUACCAUUACCAUAAACAAUCUAACCCGCGACAUUAUCCUACAUAUCGAGACAUAUUGUUUCUUUCUCUGAUUGCUGGAAAGGAUACUAUCGAAGCAUCUCACAGAAUAGCUCAAAAUAUGCAAGAUGGCUACGGAAUGGACAAGGAGUACAGAGAUGUGUACAGCAAACUCCGAAGCAAUGAUGACUAUGAGUGCAUGGACAUUGGCGAUUUGCCACCAUCGGAUACCGCCCUUUAUUGUCGAAGAUAUUUUAAAGAGCUGCUAUUAUCCACCCCGAAAUGAAAGAAUAACGUAUAGGUCUCACUAAACUGUCCCUGAUUAAUAGUCGUAUAACUAUCUAGUGCUAUAAUAAACGCUGGAAAGAUUGACAAUUUUCUAGAUUUUAUAAAAUUGAAAAAAACUGUCACAAGCUUGGAAGCACCCUAACUCAAAAAUGAUAUUCUUUCUUAGUCAUAGAUAUGCAUAUACUUCGUAGUUCGUUAUCGUAGUUGAUGGUUAAAGUAUAAAAUACUUGUUUGUGAUAUAUUUUGAGUUUGGGACGGAGUACCUUCCUUUUUUAGGACAACCAUCGAGCCUAAUAAGAUAAGGGUACAAAAUGUAUAUGCAAAAUACCCAGUGGUUAUGUUUUUAGGGACAUUUUACUCUUGUAUCUUGUCCAUGCCCGCGCGAUGUUCUUUAGAGUUUUUUUUUCUUACUGCAUACAUAGAAUAAUUUUUAGGUGAUUGUGUUCUACAACAAUUUAUCAACGAAUAUUUUUCUUGUUAUAUAAGAAAUUAUACGAUUAUCAUAUGACUCUCGACUCUUACAGCGAACUGACAAUAGGAAACCGAAAAAUUUUAUGCCCUUGUUCAAUUAUAUAUUAAGAUAAGAUUCCAUUAAUUUGGAACAGUUAACUUCGCGUCGUUUUCUACAACAAUCACAUGCUUUAGAUGAGUUAUUUUAGAAUUAUAUGAAUAAAUUGCUGUUUACAAUAUAUAAUAAAUAUGAAACCAAAAAACAUACUAAUGCCGAUGAUCAUUAGGUCAUUAGUAUACAGGUAAAUUGUUAAAUAGUCACAAUAAAAGUGUAUACAGCUUACAGUGUAUUCUCACAA